CUUAUCGGAAAAUUUCUUUUACAUUUAUUUAUUUAUUUAUUAAGGAUUCAAGAAUCGCAGAAAAUUACACUGAAAAAAAAAAGAAAUAAAAUUAUCAUAGUUGCCCUGUUAUACUGGCUUUUAAUUUGGUUUAUAUUGCUAUUGUUAGAUAGAUAUUAAUAAAAGGUAGGAAAGAAAAAGAACGGAAAGAAAAAGAAAAAAUUUUUAAAGAAAAGGAAAGGAUACGUGGAAGAUUCAUUCUUACUGUUUCUUGUUUCUCCUGCGUCCAACACUGCCUUCUCCUUACAAUUUCCCUAAAACCCAAGAAAAAGGGGAAAUUUUCAAAGAAAAAGAAAGAAUGAAAAUGUCGGAUGAGAAAACACGGAUCUUUUUAGCGGUGCUUUUGGCUUUGGUGAGUUUGGAUCUGUGUUUUGGGAGUGGAUUCGGUAUGUCGCCCGCACACGGGGACCAUGGCCAUCAUCACCAUUGUGAUCAUGGACAUGGACAUGGACAUGACCACCAUCACCAUGAUCAUGACUAUCAUCAGAAGCACCGCCAUGUGGAGGAGCAGAAGAAGAAGAAGAAUAUGAUGUUGCCGGAGGAGAUGGCUGAGGAGGAAGACAUGAAAUUGUACGGGUUUGGGCCCUACCGAGAUGAUCAUGAUCACGAUCACGAUCACGAUCAUCAAGACCUCUCCGGUUUAGGCCUUUGGUUACAUGCAUUGGGAUGCUCACUUUUAGUAAGCUUGGCUUCCCUUAUUUGCCUGAUUAUUUUACCCGUGAUAUUUAUACAAGGAAAACCAUCCAAGGCAGUUGUUGAUUCAUUGGCUUUAUUUGGGGCAGGAGCUAUGUUGGGAGACGCUUUUCUUCACCAGUUGCCACAUGCUUUUGGUGGUGAACACUCCCAUUCACAUGAUGACCAUGUGGAUCACGCUCAUCAUGCUCGUACUGGGCAUGAUCAUAAGCAUGCACACUCUUUGAAGGAUCUUUCUGUGGGCUUGUACAUUCUUGCUGGGAUAGUCCUGUUUCUUCUUGUGGAAAAGGUGGUCAGGUAUGUUGAAGAAAACUCUGGAGGGGCUAGUGGAUGGAGCCAUGGUCAUCACCACCAUCAUCUGAAGAGCAAUAAAAAAUUGAAAAAUGAUGAUUAUGAUGAUGUUCAUGACAACAGUUCACAAUCCCUUGGUGACAUAUCAGAUGACUCCUUGAAUGGAGGUAAUGCAACUCAGCAUGAAAUGCGAAAGAGAAAGAGUUCUGCUGGUACCAGUGAUGACAAAUCAGAUAUAGUUACUGCAGAUGGCUUUGCAAAUAGUGUUAAAACCUUGAUACAAAAGGAGACUUCUCAUUCACCAUCAAACCUGGUUUUUGGCUAUCUUAAUCUUUUCUCUGAUGGUGUUCACAAUUUUACUGAUGGGAUGGCUUUAGGAAGUGCUUUUUUGCUUUAUGGAUCUGUUGGUGGGUGGUCCAGAACUCUAUUUUUGCUUGCACAUGAGCUUCCCCAGGAGAUUGGUGAUUUUGGUAUAUUGGUAAGAUCUGGUUUCAGUGUUACAAAAGCCCUGUUCUUCAACUUUCUUUCAGCGCUGGUGGCACUAGUAGGAACUGCUGUGGCUUUGCUUUUGGGACAAGAUCCUGGACAAUCAUCUUUGAUUGAGGGGUUUACAGCUGGUGGAUUUAUAUACAUUGCUGUUGCCGGAGUGCUUGCAGAAAUGAAUAACAAUAACAACACAACAUUGAGAAGUACUACAGUGCAAUUAAUCUCAUUAACAUUUGGCAUGGCUGUUGCCCUUUGUAUUUCACUUGUAGAAUAAAGUUUAUUCAAGAACUAAUUUUUGUUGACAUCCUCAAAGCAUGUGCAGAAAGGAUCAAAUUCCAGCUUUCUUCGACUUCAGGUUCCUGCUAGUAUUUGAGAGGUAAACUACCCUCUGUUUUGAUCUCAUAAAAUUAGGAGAGAGAAGGAUAAAUGCUUACAGCUUACACCUUUACCUAAGUUUAGGACGAAUUCCUCACUCUUCCUGACCCACAGGUGAACUCUCUCUCUCUCUCUCUCUCUCCUGUAUGCCCUUCUUUUUAAUAACCAGUAACAUUAUGUUGUAGGAAAAAGGUGCUACAGGUUUUUUUUAGCUCUUUUUAUAUAGUGGGAAUGCCUUUUGUCGACGACUGUAACUGGUUAGAAGGAAAGAUUGUCUGUUGUGAUUCAUCAGUGCUAAAUUGCAAAUGGAGCUUGUCCCCACAUGCUGCAUGCUGACAAUGUUGCUUUUACACCGAAACCAUUCUCGUUAAAAUUAAAGAAAUCAUUGAUUCUUUUUUAGAAAAACCAGAGCAUGCAUUAUAUCAUGAAAAAUGAAAAAGAAGGAAUUACUACUAGUGCAAAUGAAGCACGAGUCCCUAAAAUUUGAGGAUAAUCUUUGGAAAUGGAAAAGUUGAGCAACACUGAUCCAUGUAGCAAUAAAAUGAAAGAGUGGAAGAAAUUUCAGAUCAGUUCGACAGCCAUUAAGUUAGCGCAUGCUUUAAACAGGCGAAAGUGGUCAAAGGAUUUUACUCGAAAGGUGGUCCCCUCAACUGUAGAGAACCGAGGAACGUUUUUGUUGAAUUAUUUCUGCUUGUUUGGUUGUUUAUUUGUUAGGAUUCUCUUUGCUCUUUUGGCCUUGCUGAGCUUUCUAAUGGUUAACUGGGUUCCCAGCUCUACUUCUGUUCUUUCUGUGAAUUGUUAUGGUUUAGAAAGGAUUAGGUAAAAAACGAAAGAGGAAGGGCUUCUAAGUUGUAUCCAUCACUUUUUGGAGCUCAGUAUGGUUACAAUCUGCUUCUUGCUUUGUCCGUUACCAUAUUGAAGUUUUAAAGCUACCAAAUUGUUGCGUCCCCUAAUAACACAUUGAGAAUUCUUGAGAAUCUAUUGUGAUAUAUGUCUAGAAACUAAUGAGACUUAGGUUUAUAACGAACAAUACUUUUUCAGUUAGAUGCAAGUUUUUCUUUGUGCAGACUGAUACAAUGCAAUAUCUGCUUUCUAUUAUCAGCCCCUGUUGAAGCUGAAAUACCAUUUUUAAACAGCAGAAGUCUAGAAAAUGCAGUUUUAAUUAAAAUUUGAUCGUCCAAGAAGUCAUAGUUGUUCAUCAUUAAGAAAAAACUUUGGAUAUAGAUAAUAUACAGAUCACAUCUAUUCCAACAUGCUAGUACUAUAGUUAUGAAGCCUGGGCUAUAUCUAGGAUUUCUUUUUCCUACAUCAAGCUGAAUCUCUCAUUUUUCCCGAUGCAUUUGAAACCAAACAUUACAGAAUUUAAAAGGAUGAGAAAAUUGUGGCUUGCAUUUUGCAUAUACCUUUUCAAGGGUUAAACUGGUCGAAUUCCUGAAGAAUUUGGGAAAUGGUAAGAUUCUGAGUUGGGAGUGGAGGGAAGAGAAGGUAUUCUGACAAGAGGCCUCAUUGUGUGGUCGUCGCGGGUGAGAGUGUGAUGAAGCCUUUUACGCACCGCUCUUACUGGUGGUUCUGUUGCCACCGCAAUUCCUUUCUUCACCAUUUCUGGUAGUUCCGAUCUCUUCCGAAAGCUCUCAGCUGCAACCCUUUCUUCAUGACCUUUUCCUUCCUACAAAAAGAAUAUAUAUUUUACAUGUCAAAAUUGUUGUCUUCCCGAAAAGAUGUUUGGAACCACCCUUAAAUUGACUCUUUGUUUUCUUCU